GGACUUUGUAAAUAUUGAGUACCUUUAGCUAGUACUUAUUUACUUAUUCGUUUAAAAUCCAUUGAGUUGUGUGAAUGGAGAAUUUGGUGUUUCCUAACGCGGCAUUAUAAUAUUUUUUCAUAAUUCUAUAUAUUAAUGCUUCUUUUCGUUUUACAAGUAAAUUUGUCGUUUAAUAAAUCUUAACUAGAAGUCUAAUAAUUUAAUUGCUUAAAAUGCAAUAAUAUUACAAAGUAUUUCAUAUUUUUAAAAUAAAUCAUUAUUGGUUAAUUUUAAACAUUUUCAUCAUGUCUCACUUAAAAUAUAUGAAAGAAAUAAAUAAUCUAACUCGCAUGGAUGAAACUAUUAAGGGGCCACUUCCGCGUUGGCAGAAAAAAUGUUUAGAAACAUCAAAUUCCAGUGUCAACCUUAGUAUUAAUUCAUCACGAAAAAUUACGAACGGAUCAUUUGCAAAUAGUACUACAGGAAAAACACCAACGAAAAAGAGUGACACUCGAAUGAAGAAAACACCAUCUAAAACUUCUAAGAAAUCUCCAAGUCGUGCUUCUACACCAGCUAAGACACCUAGUGGUGGUGAUAGAUUUAUUCCUUCAAGAGCAACUACUAAUUUUGAUCUUGGUUAUUAUAAGAUUCAACAACAACCAAAUACAGAAAAAAAUGAAGAAAAAGUAGACAAUAUAAGUCCUUCCAAAAGGGAAAUGCAGCGACUCAUGGGAGAAAAUUUACAUGGUGGUGAUAUUAAUCAGAUGAGAGUUUUGUCUUAUCAAAAUAAAGCACCAGCCCCUCCAGAGGGUUAUCAAAAUCCAUUGCGUGUUGUGUAUAGCCAAAGUAAAACACCAGCAAGCAUAAAAGCUUCUACAAGAUAUAUACCACAAACUCCUGAUAGAAUACUGGAUGCUCCAGAAAUUGUUGAUGACUAUUAUUUAAAUUUAAUUGAUUGGUCGGAAAAUAAUAUUCUAGCUGUAGCAUUAGGUGCUAGUGUAUAUUUGUGGAAUGCAGCAACAGGGACUAUUGAACAGUUGCUUGAAUUAAGUGGCAAUGAUUAUGUUUGUUCUGUUGCAUGGAUUCAAGAAGGUCCCUAUUUAGCUGUAGGUACUACAGUGGGAAAUACAGAAUUAUGGGAUUGUAGUCAAAUAAAGAGAGUACGUGUAAUGAAUGGUCAUGCGGCCAGAGUAGGUUCUCUUUCUUGGAAUUCACAUGUUUUGACGAGUGGUUGCAGGACAAAUAGUGCACCAUGAUGUUAGGCAAAGGGAUCACUUAAUAUCAACAAUUAAUGCACAUGCUCAAGAAGUAUGUGGUUUAAAGUGGUCACCUGAUGGAAAGUAUUUAGCAAGUGGUGGUAAUGAUAAUAUGCUUCAAAUAUGGCCAUCAAUCUCUGU